GGGCGAGUGCAGCGCCUGAGUCGACCUAUAGAGUCAACCUGUGCCAACAAACAACGCAUAGUAGUCAAUGACUACCUCCAGGAUGUUGAGUUUUGUUUCCCGGACGCGGGAGGGGAAUUAAGACAUCGUGUCUCAUUCUUAGUGAGCGACGAUCUCCCUAUGGAUAUCUUGUUAGGUAUGUACUACCUCUCCGUGGCACAGCCCCAGUUUGACUUGGACCGAAAAGUGGUCAAACACACUUUCCCAGGUGGGGGGACCAGCAGAUUACAUAAGUUUAAAGCUAGUAGUCUGAUCGAGUCCCACAAAUGCAUGUGUGCGAUCGCGUUCUAUAACUAUUUGAACCAAAACCUGGAGGAGGGUAUGUACCUAGUCUCUGUCUCUGCAGCAGGCGUGCCGGUGAAAAUGACGUGGAAGAUAGAGGGAGUAGUUGCCAAGUACCCUGAUCUAUUUGAAGAGCCUACGGGGGUUGUUGAGAGGGAGGUCGUCCACGCAAUAGAGAUUAUCCUAGGGUCUAGUAUCCCGAAGGGUCGGAUCUGUAGGAUGUCUCCUGGCAAUCUUGAUGAGCUUCGCCAGCAACUCAAGGGACUCGUAGAGAAGGGUUGGAUCCGACCGAGCGUUUCUCCUUAUGGAUCUCCAGUCCUAUUCGUACCGAAGAAGGAAGGAACACUUAGGAUGUGCAUUGACUAUAGGGGCCUCAAUGCCAUCACUGUCAAGAACAGAGAGCCCCUACCGCGCAUCGAUGACUUGCUUGAUAGAGUGCAAGGGUGUCGGUACUUCAGCAAGAUAGAUCUGAAGUCCGGGUACCGUCAGAUUGCAAUCCGGCCUGAGGAUCAACACAAAAUCGCAUUGCAGACCCGGUACGGUCUGUACGAGUUUUUGGUGAUGCGGUUCGGCUUGUGCAAUGCUCCUCGCACCUUUCAGCAUGUAGCUACGGAUGCCAGCCAAUAUGGCAUAAGCGCCGUACUUGCGCAGCAGGAGGGGAAGAAGUCGAGGUCAGUAGAGUACAUGUCCAAAAAGAUGCCGUCUCAGAAGUUGGCUAAGUCCACCUAUAAAAAGGAGCUCUAUGUGAUCUACAAGGCGCUCACCCAUUGGAGGCACUAUCUCCUUGGGAGGUUCUUCUACGUCAGGACCGAUCAUCAAACCCGGAAGUGGAUAAGGACCCAGCAUGUGCUCUCCGAUGCACUGAAACGCUGGAUUGAAGUCAUUGAGCAGUAUGACUUCGAGCCCCAGUACAUCAAAGGUGAGUACAACAAGGUUACUAAUGCGCUGUCGCGUAGGCCAGACUUCUCUGGUGCGCUGAUCACUGAGUUCGGGCUUGCGGACGAUGUCACUUGUUCUAUGGUGGAAGCCUAUCGCGAGGACCCGCUCAUGUGUGAGAUCAUUCGCAGACUCGAGGCGAAGGACAAGGUAACUUCUGCCGAGUUUGAGUUGGUCAACGGCUUGCUGUUCCUUGAGAGGGCGGGGAGUAAACGUAUGUGUGUUCACAAUAGGGAGUCUUUGCGUAGUUUAUUUUUAGGUGCGCCGUCGCGAGAACGCUGCGCAAAGCAGAUGCAAGAGCUUGAGAAGACACUGGACUCGUCAAUUUACACUGUGAUGGAUCGUACUGAAUUGGAUAAAUUUGUUGCAAAGCCUGUUGAAUCAUUUGUUUUCUAUGAAGCGGGUGAGUUGAAGGAGUUGGGAAGGGAGUGGAAGGAAAACAUAGUUCGUCUUCUGAACGAAGUGCAAGAAUAUUGUGAAAAGAACGGCUCUUCUUCUGAGGGGUUUCCAGGAAUGCAGUCAAACAAUAGUGAUGAACACUGUAAGGAUAUGGCAGCAGACGAGGAGGAAAUGUGUCACAAAUUCAUGGUGGCGAGGGAUAAAGCGAAAGCUGCAAAAGCGGCUGCGAAAGCUGGGUGGACUGUCCGGUCCUUGCUGUAUGUUCUCGAAGAGCUAGGAUGUUGGUGUGCAGCAAAGGCAGCAGCAUCAACCCUGGAGAAAUGCAAGGAGGAGGAUGAUUCGACACUGGCAGGAUCAGAAAGUGAUGAAGAGGACCCCCAAACUCGUGGCUAUGCUGCUGAUAUCAGGAGAUCCUACAUAUGGAGGGCGACAAAGGAUUUAGAGUUGGAUAAUGGUGAUCCUGAAGCCAAGGAGGUCGUCGACAUCUUGAGACUCGUCAGGGACGACCGAAUUGAUGUGGACGACAAAACAAAAGAUGAUACUUCGCCUCGAAUUGGUGACGACCCCUUCGUAUGUAGGCAACGUGUUCCUGCUGUUCAGUGCGGUGGUUCUGACCUGCAGGAGCCGGCGCUUAAGCAGACUUUUGACGGGGCAAACUUCACAAAAUUCCCGAUAGACCACGAGAACCUGGCGGCGAUGCUAAGAUGGAGUAAGGAAGAAAAGGUGGACCACCUAGGGCUGCACGUAUCGCUAAGUCCAAGUAGGGACGUAAUGACUAUUGUCGCGGCGAGCAGAUCCUGGAAGGAGGUCCAAGACAUAAUGAUGAGGAAAUACUUGGCAACCAAGAAAAUGGCAACGGAGGCCAAGUUGGCAGUGGUGCAAAGGAAGAACUUUGCAACGCAUAACGAUUUCAUGCGGGAAUUCACGCUCGUGGCGUUGCGGAUCCCUGGAGUGAUGAACCGUAUAAUGAAGGAAGGUCCAGAACCUCAGGAAGAAGAAAAGGAGGAGAAGGCACCGCUAGAAAUCGCCAACCUUCAGAGGAUUCCCGGGGAUCUAGAAGACCUGGAAAAGGCUUUCGCAGAUACUCGUCUGAGCUUGCCAGAUCGCGAAGGUGGGGAAGUUAAGAGGACCCCACCUGGAACAAAACUCAACUUCUAUGUGCUACCUGUGGGAAAGCUGAAAGUGCAAAUCGGAAGCCACCAUACAGACGCAUUGGUGGACGGAGGGGCGGAAAUCACGCUUGUUAGAAAAGACUAUGCCAAGAUCACGAGAUGUGCGGUCAACACGGAGACGACCGGCAGUAUCCAAGGAGUAGGCGGGGACAUUCCGUUCUCCGGAUACAUCACCAAGUGCGUCGUCAAGGCGGGAAUCGGGGAAUCGAUCUGGUCUUUCCAAUGGAUGAUCGUCAUGGACGAAAUGGACCAUGACAUAAUUCUUGGAAGACCUCGGUGUGUGAAUGUGGAAAUGAUAGGAACGCACCAGCAUGAUGGGACGUACAUGGUAGACAUAGAGGACCCGGUGACAGGAUGUGGUCGUGAGGGUGCGUAUGGAAGGCUAUGUGGUGACAUGGGGUGGACGCUGGAUGAUGAGAGCUUGCUGACGUGGCAAUUUAAGCCGAGGUGGAACUGCAUUGCAUUGUGGGUUGUGUCGAGGCAUCGAAUGGUCAUCAUAAGUGCACGAUCGGUUGUAGGUGAGAAAUAUGUGGUCGGGGGCAGCAUUAUGAGGUACGGUCUGUACGAGUUUGUGGUGAUGCCUUUUGGCCUCUGCAAUGCUCCUGGCACCAUUCAACACGCUAUGAAUCGGAUCUUUCAUGACUACCUGGAUAUGUUUGUCAUCGUGUACCUUGAUGACGUACUUAUUUUUAGUAAGACUGUUGACGAGCAUGUUGCGCAUUUAGACAAAGUCCUCAGUCUCCUUCGGCAGCACAAGUUCAAGAUCAAUGGGGAGAAAUGCGAGUUUGGUUGCACCCGGAUCUUGUACUUGGGUCAUGAGAUUUUCGUGGAGGGUUUGAAGCCCGAUGACGCGAAGGUGGCCAGCAUUCGUGACUGGCCACGUUCUCAGUUUGUGCCUGAGAUGAGGUCUUUCUUAAGGAUGACCGGCUACUAUCGCAAUUUUCUGAAGAACUACAACAUAGUGCCCGCCUCUUUGACUGACCUGACUCGCCUUGACACCCCAUGGGAGUGGACAGACAGGUGCGAGGCUGCUCUCGGACAUCUGAAGCAUGCAUUGACGCAUCAUGAGCUCUUGAAACUUCUUGAUCCUGACAAGCCGUUGAUAGUAACCACGGAUGGCAGCCAAUAUGGCAUUGGCGCCGUGCUCGCGCAGCAGGAGGGGCCAAAGUUGAGGCCAAUGGAGUACGUGUCCAAAAAGAUGCCGUCUCAGAUGUUGGCUAAGUCCACUUAUGAGAAAAAGCCCUACGGGAUUUAUAAGGCACUGACCCAUUGGAGACAUUACCUCCUUGGGAGGUUCUUCAUCGUCAAGACCGAUCAUCAGAUCCUGAAGUGGAUGAGAACCCAACCAGUACUUUGUGAUGCCUUGAAGCGCUGGAUCGAAGUCAUUGAACAAUAUGACUUCGAACCCCAGUAUCUGAAGGGGGAGUACAAUAAGGUUGCUGAUGCCUUAUCACGUAGGCCUGAUUUCUCUGGUGCGCUGAUUACUGAGUUCGGGCUUGUGGACGAUGUAACUCGCUCUUUGGUGGAAGCCUAUCGCGAGGAUCCGUUUAUGUCUGAGAUCAUUCGCAGACUCGAGGCGAAGGACAAACUGACUUCUGCCGAGUUUGAGUUGGUCAACGGCUUGCUGUUUCUUGAGAAGGCCGGGAAUAAACUUGAUGGUGAGCCUGACGAAGUGCUGAACAGAUUGUAUGAUGAAGGAUGGAUCACUUCGAAGGUGAAGGCUCUAAUGGAAAAGCUGUUGUCAUACAGAGAGUAUGGCAAAGAUUUCAGGUGCAUUGUCUUCGUGCAUAGGAUAAUUGCGGCUGAAGCUCUCUGUCUCCUGGUGAAGGCCUUACCUUUCUUGAGCUUUCUGCCAUGCGCUGCAGUGACUGGGCACAAGGGUAAUGUCAAAUACUUGACCAGUCAGAAGCAAAAUGACAUCAUCGAGACAUUCAGAAAUGGGACCAUCCAGUUACUAUUUGCCACGGAUGUCAUCGAGGAGGGGUUGGACGUUCAGAAAUGCAGAUCAGUCAUUCGGUUCGAUUUGUCAACAACGGUUAGAAGUCACAUUCAAUCUCGUGGAAGGGCGCGACAGCAAGCUUCUGACUAUGUAAUGAUGGUAGAGAGAGUCGGCGGUCUGCAAUGGGUCACGGGGUCUGGGGGAGGUCUUGAGCAGUCCCAGGUCAGCGACAGCGAUAGGGGUCUUGAAGGAGGUCUUGGUCAGGUCGAUGGUGGAAGCAAGGCGAACUGCAAGGGUCUUGGUCAGGUCGAUGAUGGAAGCAAGGCGAACUGCAAAGGUCUUGGUCAGGUCGAUUAUGGAAGCAAGGCGAAGUGCAAAGGUCUUGGCUUUGACGUCGGCAAGGGUAGAAGGCCAAUGGAAAUAUCGGGAGAUUGUGUCAAAGGUUUUCUGGAAACCAAGGUGGCCAUCGAUCUUGGCGUCGUGGUGCUCGGCCAAGAGCUGGGUGCGGAGACCACGAGCGUCAGGGACGUAGAGUCGGCAUAUGGUGGAGAAGUCGGGGCAAGAGAGAUAUCCUUCGGUGUAGCGAUGGCGGAUCGAUGGCAAGAGCUGGAUGUCGGUCAUGGCGGCAUAGACUUUCUUGGGGGGUUUGUGAUCGGGGCGGCGGGAGAGGGCAUCGGCAACGCGGUUGCUCUUACCAGGGGUGUGACAAAUGGUAAAGAAUGUCUGGUCGCGGAGGAUGGCGAAAGCUUGGCGGAGAUGAUCAAGGUGGGACUCGAAGCUGGGGCUAAAAACAAGGAUGUCGUCGAGGUAGAUCACGACACGGACUUCGAGGAGGUCGUGGAAGAUGUGGUUCAUGGUGGAUUGGAAUGUGGCGGGGGUGUUGGUGAGACCGAAAGGCAUUACGAGAAACUCGUAGUGCCCGAAGCGGGAGCGGAAGGCGGUUUUGUGGGUGUCGUCCUCGCGGAUGCGGAUCUGGUGGAAGCCACUUUGAAGGUCGGUCUUGGUGAAGUAUUUGGCUGCACGGAGGCGAUCAAGAAGUUCGGAUAUCCGGGGAAGCGGAUACUUGUUCUUGAUCGUGAUCCGGUUCAAGGCGCGAUAGUCCGUGCACAUGUGGAGUUCCGAGGUGCCGUUCUUCUUGUCGAAGAGACAACUAGUGCCGAAGGGGGAGUAGCUAGGCUUAAUGAAUCCUCUAAGGAGUUCAUUGAGCUGGUGCUUCAUUUCCGCGGCCUCCGGGACGGAGAGCUGGUAUGGGGGGUGGCAAGGGGGGGAGUGGUCGGGCUUGAGAUCGAUGGUGUGGGAAACACCUCGGUCGGGAGGGGAAGGGGUGGAGGGAGGGAGAAGGUAGGGGAUGUCAAGGGGUGGAUCAGGAGGGGUGGAGAGGUGGACGAAAGAGGGGUGGAAGGUAUAGGGCAUGUAGUGGUGGAGCCAAGGAGUCCCGAGUACGAUGUCGCACAUGAGGUGCAUGACAUCGAAGGAGACCUGACUGCGAAGAGGGCCGACAGUCAUUGUGGUCUCGGGGACUGUGCGGUCGACGACGAUGGCCGAGGUAAGGAGAUCGGUGAUAGGGAGUUCGGGCUCAUGGGCGAGGGCUGCGGCGAGGUGGGGGAAGCAUACCUGCUUGAUGCGGGAGAUGAAGAUGUAGUCGGGAAGGAGAGUCGACGGGGUGUGGAGGUGGAGGGAGUGAACGUAAUGGAUGAAUCGCUCGGUGGGGCCGGUUUGGCGGAGGUUGCAAAAUUGAUCAAUGUAGUCAUCGAUGGUCUUUUGCGGACGGAAGGUGGCGAUGAGAAGGCGGGAGGUUGCGGUGGGGAGCCAAUGAGCGAGGGGCAUGUUGUGGAGAUCGAAGGCAUUUUGAAUUUGAGAGAGGAAAAGGAGGACGUCCUCGUGGGGAAGGCCGGAGAACGUCGCGAUAUCGGUGCCGCGGAACGAGCGGGGAAUGUCCCCGUUGCGGGGGACGAUGCAAGCGAGGUUGUUGAAGUUGCGUGUCGUCGGGAGAGGUGUCGUAGCAGGAGGGGGGCUGGCUAUUUUGGCUGGAAGAAGAUGGUUGGCCGGUUUGGUCGGCGGGGGUGGAUUGGAUGGAUUGGCCGGAGGAGGAGUGGCCGGUCGACAAGCUCGCCGUGGAUAUCCUCGAUGGAAUCCAUGCGGAGCGAGCCCAUGUUGAUGCUUGAGGUACCUUCGGCCAUGGGGAGGGACGAAGGUGGGGCAGAGGGGGAAGAUGGAGUGGAGGGGACAACGGAGGUGACAGCAGCGGCGGAGGUGGCAGCAGCGGCGGAGGUGGCAGCAGCGGCGACAAUGAAAAUUUAGGUGCGAAGUUUGGGAAAGAAAAUUAAAAUCAGAACGUAAAUUUCAAAUGGAAUAAAAUUUGGCGAAGAAA